AUGAUGGGGAAACUCCCCCUGGGAGUAGUCUCCCCUUAUGUGAAGAUGAGUUCGGGGGGUUGCUCAGAUCCCCUGAAAUUCUAUGCCACCAGCUACUGUACAGCUUACGGUCGGGAGGAUUUCAAGCCCCGAUUGAGCAUUCACAAAGGCACAGGUUACAAGACUAGCUACCGGCCCCUGGUCUCAUACCAAGCCAGCCUUGAUGCUCUGGACAACCCAGCCAUGGGGGAACAAGUCCAGAACAACUUACAGACAGUGACCAGCCAGAGCUACCGCCCGCUGGAGGUGCCUGAUGGCAAGCAUCCGCUGCCUUGGAAGAUGCACCAGACCUGCUCUGGCUUUGGGAGGGAGAAGGCCAACACAGGGCCCUCCACCAAGGAGGUCAGAAAGGUCCAUUUCGACACCCAGGAGCACGGUGUCCAGGCCAUUCCAGGACUGGAGCCCAAGGAGGUGCCCCUGCUCCACCAGCAGGAGAACAAGGGCUCCACGGAGAGGGAGAAUGCCCGACACGGCCCUCGCUUCAUGACGUCUGAGUACAACGCCAGGUUUCUUCACGAGCCCUCCAACCAGCCAGAUCUCUUGCAGAAGAAAUCAGUUGGCGCCAAGGAGAAGACUGGCUUCACAGAAGAGUCCACCAAGAGCCCCAUUGUCUUCAAGCCGCCCUCCCAGGCCAUUCCUGGGGACUCUACUCUUCUCCCGAGCAGGAGUGUUACCAGGUCGGACUUUCUUCCCAUAACUCACCCUCGUGGAGAUGAGGCACUCCCUGCGCUGACCAGAGUCUGCGAUCAUGAAACGGGCUUCAGUAGAGUGAACCAACGGAUCCUGAACCCCAGAGCUCCAGAGCGCAGCAGCAUGAGUCCCUGGCAGCUCCAGCCACCCCAGUGGAAGCAACAGACAAACGUUGCCAUGCUUGGUCGAGAGACGGUGGGCAACAAAGAGCCCACAGGGUUCAGCUUGAACAACACCAGCUAUGUCCAGGGCCCCAGUGACCCUGACAUGGAUAAUCGAUACCUGACUACCUAUAACCAAAGGUACUUCGAGAACAUCCCCAAGGGGCUAGACCGCGAAGGUUGGACUCGAGGAGGCAUCCAGCCCCAGAAACCAGGCGGCUACGCCCUCAACCAGCCGGUCACGCACAUGGAGCCUACUCCCAACCCCACAGAAAGUCUGCGGCGUCUGCACCCCCACGUGGGAAGAACCCUGACCUGCGCUGACCCCUUCUACCGGGACACCCCUCACAGCAGUAAUGUCACUCCACCCAGCUGA